GUUGCUCACCUGCUGCAUGUCAACCGUUCCUUUUUCCUUUUUUAGGCACGUGAAGUGAGUGAUCGUGCCCAAACAGGUGCAGACGCUCUGACUCCGCAUGAGUAUACAACACAAUCCGCAAUCGUCGAGCUCCACAAGAAGAUGCAGUACCGACGGUAGAAACAAACGUUGCAUUGUCAACGAAUUUCCCGAUUCCAGACCUCUGUUUCCACUUGGUCAUCAUCGAGGACAUCGACCAUGUCCAAAACAAAAGUGCUCUUGCUAGGUGCUACCGGCGAGACUGGUGCUUCGAUCCUCGAGGGACUGGCCAGAGAUGGUAGCUUCGACAUUAGCAUCGCAGUCCGUCCAGCGUCGGCGGACAAGCCAGCAGUUCGCGCUCUCGCAGACCGUGGCUUCUCAAUUCUUUCUAUUGAUCUUAGCAAAAAGGUCAAUGCCUCUGUCCUCACGCCGUUCGAUACUGUCAUCAGCAGCAUUGGUCCUGAAUCCCAGCAGAGUCAACUGAACUUUGCCAGAGCGGCCAAAGCUGCCGGGGUCACACGCUUUGUCCCCUGUGGCUUCAUUACCGUCUGUCCCCCAGGCGGUAUCAUGGCACUCCGUGACGCCAAGGAAGAAGUGUACAACCUCAUCUUCAAACUCCAUCUGCCAUACACUAUCAUCGACACGGGAUUCUGGCACCAGAUUUCGUUCCCACCGCUGCCUUCUGGCAAACUGGACGAGUUCCACUUCCUGGGAGAGAACAAGCUUUACGGUGACGGUAACGCGCCCAAUCUCCUGACUGAUUUACGCGACAUUGGCCCCUUUGUGGCUCGCAUCAUUAGGGACCCGCGGACAUUGAACAAGAAGGUCUUCACGUGGUCGGAUGAACUGAGUCAGAACGAGAUCUACGCUCUAGCAGAGAAACUUUCUGGCGAGAGCAUCGACAAAAAGCCAUUUUCCUUGGAGGAAAUAGAAGCUGUCAUCACCAAAGCCAAGCAGGCUGUCGAUGCUGAUCCCACGAACAUCGGAUUGCAGAUGGGUCUUUGGAGUCAGGAAUACAAUAUGUCGAAAUACUACCGUGAAGACAACACAAGAAAGGUUGCUCUCUAUCUCGGCUAUCUGGACGCAAGAGAGUUGUAUCCCGAUUUCAAGCCGAUUACAUUUGAGGAAUACUUCAAGGAGAUCCUGGAAGGGAAAGGGAACAGGCCGUACGCGGGCAGGUUUUGAGGGCGAUGCGUGAGAAACGCGGCGCCUAAGAUCCGAUUUCGGCUGCACGGCGUCAAUGUACGGCGAAAAUGAUGUUUCCCUUAACUGUCUAGGAAGGACUCGAGGCUGGUAGCGUAGGAUCCGGCAGGGAUCAAAGCCCAGGCACUUCUGCAAAACCACGAUGACCUUGUCGAACAGUAGGAUAGGGGGUGUAAGACAGGUAUGAUGUGUGUAAGGGUUGGAAGCAUGUAAGAAGUAAAUAGCCA